CUACUAGUUGCGUUCGAUGGAAGUAUGUUAUCACAUAUGUUGCAUCGUAUAUUCGGUAUAUAAUAUAUAAUGGCUCUUGAAGCAAUAAAUAAAAAAAGAUGGCAGUCGAAAGGCGGACAGUUGAGUAAAUUUGUUAAAAAGCGAAUACCAAUUGUUGGAUGGUUGCCAAAUUACAAUUCUGAAAAAUUUUUAAACGAUGCUAUCGCUGGUAUUACCGUCGGGCUUACUGUUAUGCCGCAAGGACUUGCUUAUGCCACUUUAGCUGGGCUAGAACCUCAGUAUGGUCUUUAUUCUGCAUUUAUGGGAGCUGUGGUAUACAUAAUAUUUGGUUCAUGCAAAGAUAUCACAAUAGGACCCACUGCUCUUAUGGCAUUAAUGACUCAUGAAUAUGUACAGGGUAGAAAUGCGGAUUUUGCAAUAUUACUAGCCUUUUUAUGUGGUUGCUUACAACUACUAAUGGCCUUUUUACGAUUAGGAGUACUUAUAGAUUUUAUUUCAAUACCAGUCACGGUUGGUUUUACUUCUGCAACGUCAGUUAUAAUUGUGGUUUCUCAGCUAAAGGGCCUUUUAGGAUUAAAGAUUUCUUCCCAAGGAUUUUUAGAUACUUUGACAAAAGUAUUACAAAAUAUUCAUCAGACUAGUCCUUGGGAUACUGGGAUGAGUCUUUCUUGUAUUAUAAUUUUGCUAUUGUUUAGGAAAAUGAAAGAUAUAAAAUUAUAUUCGAAUAAUGAGAAACCGACUAAAUAUCAAAGGAUAUUGAUAAAAUUGAUAUGGUUAUUAUCAACAGCUAGAAAUGCUGUUAUAGUUAUAAUUUGUUCUACUAUUGCAUACAAAUUGAAUUCUGUUGAACAUGGUUCUCCAUUCAUUCUUACUGGUCCUGUAAGAUCUGGUCUUCCAUCUUUUGGUUUACCUCCUUUUUCAACUCAAAUAAGAAAUGAGACUUUAAGUUUCACUGUAAUGUGUUCAGAACUGGGAGCAUCUAUAGCAUUAGUACCUAUAAUUGGGGUUCUUGGAAAUGUAGCAAUAGCAAAAGCUUUUGCAAAUGGUGAUAAAGUAGAUGCCACUCAAGAACUAAUUACAUUAGGAAUUUGUAAUGUUCUUGGAUCUUGUGUGAGUGCAAUGCCAGUUACUGGCUCUUUUAGUAGAUCUGCAGUGAAUCAUGCUAGUGGUGUAAAAACACCAAUGGGUGGUUUAUAUACUGGAAUAUUAAUACUGCUGGCACUGAGCCUCCUUACUCCGUACUUCUAUUUUAUACCAAAGGCUUCCUUAUCUGCAGUCAUUAUCUGUGCAGUAAUAUACAUGAUAGAAUAUCAAGUGGUAAAGCUCAUAUGGAAAACUAGCAAAAAGGAUUUGAUUCCAAUGUGUGUUACCUUUUUGUUCUGUUUGAUCAUAGGAGUUGAAUAUGGAAUUUUAUUAGGUGUAGGAACAAAUCUUAUAUUCUUAUUAUAUCCUUCUGCACGUCCUACAAUACAUGUUGACAAGUGUACAACUAUAUCUGGGGCUGACUAUCUGUUAGUGACACCAGGAAACAGUCUUUAUUUCCCAGCCAUAGAUUUUAUUAAAAAAUCCGUCGGCAAUGCCGGUAUAAAACAAGGUUCUAGUCAAGUUCCAGUUGUAGUUGAUUGCAGAUAUAUCUUAGGAACUGACUUCACUGCUGCAAAAGGAAUAGCAACAUUAGUAAGUGAAUUUAACAAUCGGAAACAAGGUCUAUAUUUUUACAAUCCAAGAUCAGAUGUAAUUGCCGUACUUAAGGGAGCUUGUGGAGAGGAGUUUCAAUAUAUUUCUACCCAAGAUGAACUAUCGUACUUAUUAUCGACGCAUCAAGAUAAAACAUCGCAACAACUUUUGGAAAUAACUCGUGACAAAUCGCGUGAACCAUUAAUGUUAGGUAGUCCGGAAAUUAUUCAUCGAAAUGGUCAUUCAUUUCAUGAACUCAGUGAAGUUACAACUACAUUGUUACAUGCUACAGCUAGCUAA